AUGGAAUUCUCAUCAAGUCGUUUUUCUGAAACUAAUGUUGCUGCACAUCCAGCAGUUCGGGAAACGGAGUCUUCAUUAUCUUCUGCAAUUCAUCCUCAUUUUGAAGUGCCAGAUACCCCGCAACAAAAAUCAUUACUGAAUACCGUUUUUCGUUCAAUGAAACGUACACAUGAUUUAUUUUUUCACGAUUAUACUUCACUCCUUGAAAUUGAUUCGAACGCUGACAAACUCUGGCGAUCGGUCAAAGUUCGUUGUGAAUAUGGUGAUGUGGUGAAAUCUGUUGAAGAAGCGAAACGUCGAAAGGAAGCCGAAGCUUUGAAACUUCCAACAAUUCCAUCCGAUAAUACUUCGACAAUUUCUUCAUCACUUUCUUCAACCAUUGCUCCAGGGUUGAAGGAAAAUUCCGUAAUGUCGGCAACGAAUAAAGCAGAAGACAAUUUGAUUCGAGCUAUUUUGCCUUCUAAAGCACCAGUUAUGGUGAAACCUGUUUGGCAUGCUCCAUGGAAGCUUUAUCGUGUGAUUUCCGGUCACACUGGCUGGGUACGUUGUGUGGAUGUUGAUCCUGGUAAUGAAUGGUUCGUCACUGGAGGUGGUGAUCGUGUUGUUAAGAUAUGGGAUCUUGCUAGUGGAAAACUCCGUUUGUCACUAACGGGACAUGUGAGUGCUGUUCGGGCUUGCAAAGUAUCGCAUAGGCAUCCAUUUCUUUUUACUGGCGGUGAAGAUAAACAGGUGAAAUGUUGGGAUCUGGAAUAUAAUAAGGUAAUACGUCAUUAUCAUGGGCAUUUAAGUGCAAUACAAGAUCUCACUAUUCAUCCGACUAUUGAUGUUCUCAUUACCUGUGCGCGAGAUGCUACAGCCCGUGUUUGGGAUAUGAGAACCAAAGCACAGGUUCAUUGUCUCAGUGGUCAUACAAACACGGUCGCAGCUGUAAUUUCGCAAGCAGUGGAUCCUCAAAUUGUAACAGGAAGCCAUGACUCGACAAUACGUUUAUGGGAUUUGGCAUCUGGACGCAGCAUAGUCACUCUUACUCAUCAUAAAAAAAGUGUAAGAGCAUUGGUAUUUCAUCCAACUCUCUAUUUAUUUGCAUCAGGUAGUGCUGAUAAUAUUAAACAGUGGAAGUGCCCAAAUGGAGAAUUUUUGCAAAAUCUUACUGGUCAUAACGCUAUAAUCAAUACUCUCGCAUGUAAUGAAGAUGGCGUGUUCGUUUCUGGAGCUGAUAAUGGGUCGAUUCAUUUUUGGGAUUGGAAAAGUGGAUUUUGCUUCCAACGGGAACAAACCAAAGCUCAACCUGGUUCGAUUGAUUCGGAAGCUGGUAUUUUUGCAAUGACUUUUGAUCGAUCUGGUGCGCGUCUUAUUACGGCUGAAGCUGAUAAAACUAUUAAGAUGUACAAAGAAGAUGAUACCGCUACUGAAGAGACACAUCCAGUAUUAUGGCGUCCCGAGAUACUAAAACGAAAAGCCUAUUAA